AUGUUCCUGCUCCGAAAACUCAAACGAUUAAAGAACAAAAGUAGAUUCAGUCAGAACUAUGACUCAUCUGUUAGGUCGUCAGGACUGUAUCGACAGUCUUCGCAGAGAUCUUAUUGAUUUACAGGGAGCGGUUCUGGAUGUGUUUUCUAAGACUGGACCAGUCCGUUUCCCAUCAUGGAAGUUUCCCGAUAAACUAUCAUGUAAUCUGGACUUGGUCAGCCUUUUAGAAGAGUAUGAUUAUGUGGAUGGCGAUGAAGAGUUCAGUCAGCACUCCCAUAUAGUCCUGCAAGAGUUGCUGAUUGACAGAUUAAUGCUUCUUCUUCAGAGUUUUAACAUUCAUGCUGAGCUGUUGCUUGAAAAGCAGAGAGCUUUGUCAUCUGAUCAAAAGGAAACCUCUGUUUCCAUUGGUCCUGUGGUCAAAUGCUACUGGAGGAACCUACUUCAGCUCAGCUGUCAACAAGCAAAAGAGAGUACCAGUAAUGGACAGCAACCUCCAUCUCAACAAAGUCCAUCCAUUACCAGAACAGCAGCAAACACUACUACCAUUAACACACACAAGACACAGAGCACCUCCAUGACCAGCAUCCAGAAAACCACCACAAAUACCCCAGCUUCAACUCCAGCAACAUUCCAGCAUGAGAGAGCGUCCGCUGCAGGCUCCUGUGUGUCUAUUCACACCGUGGGCUGUCAGACAGUAGAGUCGGCCCUGGUGCCCUGUGAGGCCUGUGCUUGUGUUCAGGCGGUUAUGAAGGAGAGCAGUGAUGCUUUAGUGUCACUGUGCCAGUCUCUGGGUUUGCCUUGCUCCAUUCAGGGCUUCCUGGAAGCUGUGGAGGAAACGCAGCAGCUGGGCCGCUUGUCUGCAUGUGACAUUUCCCAAUGGGCAAGUGAGCAGCGUAGAGAUAUGAGUCGUGUGGGGAAACAUGUCCUGGAGGUGAGAGAAACUGUUGAGCCGCUGAAAAAGAAGCUGAAAGAGACAGAGAUGGAGCGAGAGAAGCUGAGAAAACAGCUAUCAGAAACGGUCAAAAGAGAGAAGGAGGAGAGGAGGAAGAUGGAGGAGGAGUGGGAGUGCAGAAUGCAGGAAGUGAAAUCCAGGGCAGAGGAAACAGUAAGGAGGUUAAAGCAGGAGAAGGAGGAGUUAAAGAGAGGCAUAACAUUGUUGGAGGACCGAAAUUCUGAACUCACGGCAGAACUGAAUUUGCAAACAGAAGCAAAACAGAGUCUUGAAUAUGAGAGGGCUACACUACAGGAGGAGGUUCGUCGUCUACAUUCACUGGAGAACAUGUUAAGAGAGGUAGAGGAGAGCAGGCAAAACCUGGAGAAGGAGCUCAGAAGUACACAGACACUGCUGGACAAAGAGAGUGCCAAGAACCACAGUGUGCGACGCCAACAUGAGGCGCUUCAAGUGAAACAGGCAGCUCUGCGUAAGCAUCUGGAUGUGCUGGUUCAGCAGACUGAAGAUCUACAUAGCAGUCUGGAAGAAUGUGAGGAUGAAAAAGCUGAUCUUGCAAACAAACUCACACAGAUCAUACAAGAAAAAGAUGCACUUCAGGAGCAGUUCACACAGCAACAGUCCCACUGUAGUUCACAGAGUACUGAGAAACAGCAGCAGCAAACACAGAUCACAGAACUGAAGGAGAGUGUGUCUCAUCUGAAACAGAUGCUAGAAGAAGCCUCCCAGAGAGAAAGGAUACUUGUGGCCUUUCCUGAGCUCAAUCCACAAGCAGCACCACAGACUACAGGUGAUGUGAUGUGUGAUAUGGAGCAGCAGCUCAAGGCAAACUCAGUGAGGAUCAGGAUUCUGCAGCAGGAGAACAUCACCCUGAGUAACAGUCUAACCAGACUGAAGGACAGAGAGGAGAAACAAAGAUCUUCAGACUCUGGGAUAGUGGAGAUAGACAGGAGCAGAGAAGCUCCAGUGAUGGGACCCCUGGUCAACCCUAGCACCCCUUCUAGCACCUCCCCUUCAUCCAUUCUUCAUCAUCAGACUCUCUGCCUCUCUCUCCAGCAAGAUGUAGAUGUAGAAGAAAGAUACAUGAACAUCCGUCAGGCUGCUCGCAUCCGUUCUGCAGGCACACGUCGCAGGAGGAAGUGAUCUCAUAGGUCUGGACACUGGAGCACUGAUCUAUAAUAGAUACACAUAAUAUUAUAUAAAUCAGUAGUCUGGAGAUUGAGAUACUAAUGUAACAUUUGUGUUGUUCAUUUGUAUGAUGUUGACCUUAUAUAUACUCACUGUACAAAACGAAAGUAAAAAUCCUCGACCUCUUGCGUCAUGUUUCCUGUAGUGUUUGGGU